AAAAUAUUGAUUUCAAUAAUUUCUCUUUCUCUUGCAGUGUUGCGGAAGAAAGGUCUUAACGCAAUUUGAAGAAGAGCAGAGUUUGGAUUAGAAUUUAGGGUUUUACGGAAGGAACGGACGAAGACAAACAAGAACCAGAUGGAUCUGGAAAUGAACUUGAACGCCCCCCACUCCAUGGGCACAACCAUCAUCGGUGUCACCUACAACGGCGGUGUCGUCCUCGGCGCCGAUUCUCGUACCAGCACUGGGAUGUAUGUUGCUAACCGGGCAUCUGACAAAAUUACACAGCUCACUGAUAACGUCUACGUUUGCCGCUCUGGAUCCGCUGCUGAUUCUCAGAUUGUUUCCGAUUAUGUCCGCUAUUUCCUUCACCAACAUACGAUUCAGCUUGGCCAAUCUGCAACUUCCAAAGUCGCUGCAAAUCUUAUCAGGCUACUAUCCUACAAUAACAAGAACAUGCUUGAGACUGGCCUUAUUGUUGGCGGGUGGGAUAAGUAUGAAGGUGGUAAAAUAUACGCAAUUCCUCUUGGUGGAACUCUGAUUGAGCAGCCUUUUGCUAUUGGAGGAUCUGGCUCCAGUUACCUAUAUGGAUUUUUUGAUCAAGCAUGGAAGGAAGGAAUGACAAAGGAUGAAGCUGAGCAAUUAGUGGUUAAGGCGGUUUCCCUUGCCAUUGCUCGUGAUGGUGCUAGCGGUGGUGUCGUUCGCACUGUGAUUAUCAACUCUGAAGGAGUCACGAGGAACUUCUAUCCCGGUGACAAACUGCAGCUAUGGCAUGAGGAAUUGGAGCCUCAGAACUCGUUGCUGGAUUUACUGAAUUCUUCUAGUCCUGAACCCAUGAAUAUUUAAUCAAAUCAAAGGCCAAGGGGAAAUUUUUGAUUAUUUUUAUGUGGAAAUUUUUGGGUAGAUCCAAGAAAUCGCUUGAAAUUGAUCUAACAAAUCCCAGAUGAUUCGUCUUAUAAUAUUUUGUUUGAAUACAAGUACCAUUAAUAUUAUAUUUUUAUAUAUAGAUAAAAUCUAUAGGAAAUUCAUAUUUAAAUA